AUGUCUUCAAUCCAACUCCGCAGCCACCGCUCGGAAGAUUUAGAGCUCUCAAGAUCUCGAGACACCUCCGAAGCAGAGGAAAGAGAAGAUGCGGGCUCCGGUACAUACUCCCUAACCGCCAGCCCGCCCACACGUAAGAAACAAGCUCUAGUCCUCCUAUCGACCUUCUUCAUGUUCUUCCAGACAAUCGGCAUCAACCAGUCCUACGGUAUUUUCCAGGAAUAUUACACCACGCCCUCUACCACGCCCCUGCCGCUAUCGCAGGCUAAGAACUUAGCUGCGGUGGCAUUUGUGGGCACUCUAGGAGCAGGACUGACGUGGGGAGGAAGUAUAUUCAUUAACCCGGUUGUUGCGCGGGUGAAGGAUGUGCGCUGGGUCACGGUUGCGGGGAGCGUGAUGAUGAGUGUGGGAUUGGUGGCAGCGGGCGAAGCACGGAGUCUGUGGCAGCUGUAUCUCACCCAGUCGCUCUGCUAUGGCCUCGGUUCCUCAAUGCUAUAUUUCCCCAUGGUUUCCAUGGCGCCCGAAUAUUUUGAUAAGCACCGGGGCGCGGCCAUGGGUUUCAUUCUAUCCGGCGCUGGUUGCGGCGGUCUCGUCCUGUCCCCAAUAACCCGUCUCCUCCUCGACACCGUCGGCCUUCGCUGGACUCUCCGGUUACUCGGUCUCCUAACCCUCGCCGUCACCCUCCCCAUCUCUUUCAGCGCUUCGUGGCGCUUCGGUCGUCCACAGGGCCGCACCCGCGUCAAUGUAUCCCUCGCGCGCAAACCUACGUUUAUAUUGCAGUCGCUCGCGGCUCUAUUACAGGCAUCGGGGAACUUUGUACCGCUGACUUUCCUGACGACGUUUUCUACGACGCUGGGGUACUCGAGCGCGUUUGCGGCGGCCUUGUUAGCACUGAACAACGGCGUGAACACGGUUAGUCGCAUUCUGCUAGGGGCUUUGGCGGAUGUGAUUGGCAGGCAGAACAUGAUCGUGGUUGGUAUGCUGGGGAGUGCAGGAUGCGUUUGGGGGCUGUGGUUAACCGCAGCGGCGGGCGGUGGGAAGGCGGUAUGGGUUGCGUUUGUGAUUGGAUAUGGGAUGAUGGCGGGAGGAUACAACGCAUUGCUGCCGACUGUGAUUGCAGAGAUAUACGGGAUCCAGGCCUAUUCCUCCGUCAAUGGCUUUGUGUAUUUCGUCCGUGGCAUCGGCGCAUUCUUUGGCUCCCCAGUCGGAGGUGCAAUUCUUGAUUCUUCGUCAUCAUCGGGAAAACCAAGUGAAUACAUGAAUGUGAUCAUCUAUGACGGCGCAUUGUUGUUGGGUGCGUCGUUGUGUGUAAUGGGUGUUAGAUUCUUUGACGCAGCAGAGAAGGGGAGGUGGAAGUUGAAGGCUUGA